CUAGGAGGAAGACCCCGCGCGUGCGCAGUGCCCUGCUUAAGGCAGUAAUUUCGUUUUGCGCACGCGUAAGACAGACCCUGAGGCAGGCUAUUUUUGCGCCUGCGCAAUUCCUUAUGCCGCGUUGGGGUAGUGCGCCUGCGCGACUUUUUGUUUUCGUGGUGUUUGUAUCCACAAGCUAAAAGUUGCUACCUGUGGUUCCCACGUCGCCGGUCUUUUGUCGUCGACUUGGAGCUAGACCAACUGGAAACGUUUGAACAUGGGCCGCGAGAAAUGCCGUGGGUGGGGAAAGGCUUGAGGCCUCGGGGUGGAAGGUCGGUGUGGGGUACAUACAGCCCGUGGGGCCCGCGCUUCCCGAGGACCUGUUGGGGUUACGGGUGUGGAGCCCCUCUUGGGGCCUGUGCGUGAGCCUGCCUGGGGGCCAUCUCGAAGGAAAGACAUUGAGUUUGAUCGUCGGUAUCGCGUUGCUCCCCUCAGGGUCCAGCAAGGCCCUGUGAGAGGAGCCAAAUGGCAGAAGGCACUGACCGUCUUAGAGACCCCCAGGGAGGAACAGCCAUCGGGGAGGCCCUCAGGGCACUCCUGCCACCCAUGAAAGAAGGCUUGAGGUUGGACGUGGGUGAGAAAGUGGAGAGGAGCGUGGUGCUGUUGCUGCAGCAAGCCGCCGAGCUCUUCUACGGGGGCAGAAGGAGUGAGUGUCUGCAGACGAGCGAGGUGAUCCUGGACUACUCCUGGGAGAAGCUCAACACAGGGCCGUGGCGGGACGUGGACAAAGACUGGCGCCAGGUUUACACCUUUGGCUGCCUUCUGAAAGCCGUGUGUCUGUGUGAGACAUCAGGGGACACUGCUGCUGUGGCUGAGGCCCUGAGGGUCUGUGACAUGGGCCUGCUGAUGGGGGCGGCCAUCCUCGGGGAUAUUCUCCUUAAAGUCGCUGCCAUCCUCCAGGCGCACCUUCCCUCUGAGAAAAGGCCUGCCCAAGGCCCGACCUGGGAGCAGCCCAGCGCAAAGAAAGCAAGGAGUGGUCACGUUUCGAUUCCAGAUGUAAAGUCAGAAAGAACAGUCCCGCGGCUCUACUGCCCAUCCCUCGAGUAUUUCAGGAAACAUUUUCUGGUCCCGGAGAGACCUGUGAUCUUGGAAGGCGUGGCCAACCACUGGCCAUGCAUGAAGAAGUGGAGUUUAGAAUAUAUUCAAGAAAUUGCUGGCUGCCGAACUGUCCCAGUGGAAGUAGGUUCCAGGUACACAGAUGAAGAGUGGUCCCAGACACUCAUGACCGUCAGCGAGUUCAUCAGCAAAUACAUCGUGGACGAGCCAAGAGACGUUGGGUACCUUGCUCAGCACCAGCUCUUUGACCAGAUCCCAGAGCUGAAGCAGGACAUCAGCAUCCCUGAUUACUGCUGCCUGGGCGAUGGGGAGGAAGACGAGAUCACCAUUAACGCCUGGUUUGGUCCCCAAGGAACUGUUUCCCCACUUCAUCAGGAUCCCCAGCAAAACUUCCUAGCCCAGGUGAUGGGGAGAAAAUAUAUCCAGCUGUAUUCCCCACAGGAGUCAGAGGCUUUAUACCCUCAUGACUCGCACCUUCUUCACAACACCAGCCAGGUAGACGUGGAGAACCCCGACUUGGAGAAGUUCCCUAAGUUUGCCGAGGCCCCAUUCCUGUCCUGCAUCCUGUCUCCUGGAGAGAUCCUUUUCAUCCCGGUUAAGUACUGGCACUAUGUGCGGGCUCUGGACCUGAGCUUCUCAGUCAGCUUCUGGUGGUCGUAGCCUGGAUGAACAGAGGUCACUACUCUGGGCCCAGCCUGGGGCUGGGUCCUGGGAUCUAGAGAAAAGCUGGACUAAGCCUGCAGAAACCUUCGCUGCCCAGGGGAGGGGCAUCAGGAUGAAAAGGUGUGUCCUACCCAGAAGGACAUUCCAGGCAGACCCAACAACUCACACCAAGGCCCAGGCACCAGGAAGCCUGAAGCAGUGGGAAAUGAUAUAGUGUGUGCAAUGGCUUCAUUUACCAGCUUCAAAACCCAGCUCCACCACUUCACUGCUGUGUGAUUUGGGGCAAGUCACUUCACGGUGCCUGAGUCUCUCUCAGGUGAGUAGGGCAGUGCCAGUCCUUAGCACAGAGGGCUCGUGAGGUGUGCAUAUCCAGCGUCAGCUCCUGCAGCUCUGUGACUAAUCACUAGUGACUGCUUCUGUCACGAAAUUAUGACAGUUUCAUACUUUUUGGUCGUGACCAGGCCUGCAGGGAUGGCCACAGCCCCGGGAAAGAGGUGGGUGUGCCCUGGUCACAAGAAGGGCCUUACCUGUCUACUCAGGAGCUGGAUGUCUGCUGGGGAGAUUUCUGCAGUGCUCACUGCUGAAGUACAAGCUGCCUGCAGAUAAGCGCAUAUGCCACCUAGCUUGAUGGAUUUUCAGCUGUGCGUACGCCCACGUAAGCUGCUAGAACCAUCCCCAACACCUAGAAGCCCCCUCUCCCCUGCCCCCUUCCAGUCACCUACCCUCCGGAAUCACUACUCACCAGGGGUGGGUUUUAGGCAGAGGAGAGACCCAGGCUCUCAGUAAAGACAGAUGGCUGCUUGAAGACCCGCUCAAAACCUUGGUUGGUGUUAUGUUUUGACCAUUAAAACGUUUCCUAAUCCUCUGACUAAAGACAGGCAGGCAUAUCCCAACAGCUGCCACCAGGAAAGGCCCCUCAGUUGUUGGGAGAAUCACAGAUUGGUGGACACUUAUAUAAGUGUUGUCUGGAUUUUGACAUACAUGACACCAAACGAUCAUAAGCCAAAAAUUCGUUCAUUACAACCUACCCACAAAAGAAAAAAUACUAAAACCUAAUAUAAACCUUAAAUUUAAAAAAGUACAGCUUCACUGACACUCAAAGAUAUGCAAAGUAAAACAAAGAUGCUUAUUACUAACUUCGGGAAGAUGUUUAAAACUCUCAUCCUCAGGGCUGAGGGUAGGCUGUCCUGCUGGACAGAAAUUUAGCAGCACCCAAGAACAUGAAAUGUCCAUGGUCACGUCUGGAUAUAGUGAGUCCCAUUUCUAGAAAUCCAUCCAAAGGAAAGAGAAAAGAUGGUCAAGGAUAGACGUGCACUGGUGACCAUGACAGCAUUGUUCGCAAGAGCAGUUAACAAGAGACAUCCUGCGUGACGUCAGUAAGAAAGGGCCAUCAACACAGUGGAGUUUUAUUCCAUCGGUGGACAUUUAGAAUGUUCAGAGUUGUGGGGAAAUGCCCACUGUGUCACAUUAAGUAAAAUGCACUGUGCACUUAAUUUUCAGAGAGACAUUUUUAUAUGUGUGUAUGUAUGUGUAAGUAUGUACACGUCCCAGAGAAAAUGUUCCAAAUGUGGAUAUAUCUGGGCCAGUCAUGAAAUGAUACAUGAUUUUAAUUCUCCGUAUGAUGUCAAAUUUUUCAAUAAUGUAAGAAAUCAGAAAAUAAAUAAUUUCUAAAAUUAUUCAACCAAAUUUCACUGCUGCCAGUUCUGAAAGGAUGCAAGCCCUGGUCCUCAGGGAGCAGCAGUGUCGAGGGGGGGCCUGACCCGCAGGCAGGACUCAGAACUGGUGGGCUGCACUGUGGGAGGUGGGUGCCACGUGAGAUGGUCACACAGAGGGAGGGGGCGCUCAGGGAAGUGGAGGCCAGAGCUGAUCUGGGAGGAUGCAGAGGCUCUUCCAAGGAGACAGGGAGAGUGGGCCUCGAGGCUGAAGUAGCAGCACAGUGAUGUCGGCACCGCUGGAGCCCAGGGUGGGACAGGGGAAGCGGUUCAAGGCGAAAUUACAGGUGCAGCAAGAUUCUGGAUGGUGCCGGCCCCUGAUGGCCAGAUGUGCUGGGGCUUGUUCGGUUUAUGAUAGAAACUCAACUCACACGGGUUUAAGCUAAAACAAAGCCAGCAAACAACACGGAUAUAUUGUUCCCAUAGCAGGAAAGGACGCUGGAGCUGCCCUGAGAAGGGGAGGAAGUCUGGGCUCAGGCAUCCAAGGACGGGCCUCUCUUCCUGCACUCCCCUGCCCGACCACCUCAUCUCUACGAGUCUCCACUGGUUUCCUUCUUCAAACUCUUGGCAAUAGGCCUCCACAGGGGGAGGAGAUGGUCCCACCAGGCUCAGAUCAUACCUCCAGCACCAUGACCCACAGGCACAGCUGCUCAUCUUCCAGCUCCAAGUCAAGGAACCCCAGGGAAGACUGCUUGGCAAGGCCUGGGACAUGUCUACCCUGUGACUAGGAGAAAUGGAGGGGAGGGGAAGCCUUGCUGGGCAGCUGAAACUCAAACUGUGAGUGCCCUCCAUAACCAGGCCAAGGAAUUGUGACCUUAUCAUGUAGGCCUUGAAACUUCUGAAUUUUAGGCAGGGAAACUGUCAAAAUAUGGGUUUAAUUUUUCAUUGUUUAAUAUUGUUGAAAAUAUACACAGCAGAACAUACGUCAGUUCCACAGUGUGUGUGUACAAUUCAUUGACAUGGGUUACAUUCUUCCAGUUGUGCAACCAUUCUUCUUUGUCGAAUCCUUUCUCCAUCAUUAACAGAGACUUGCUGCUCCCUAAGGUUCCUAUCUAACCUUUCAAACAGCUGUUGUCAGUUUGAUCCCAUAUAGAUUGUUGUUUAAAAGAACCGAGUGCUCAAGGCAGACAUUCUUUACUAAUUAAGCAGAAGUAUUAUUUGGUUUAAAGAAGACUUCAGGGGAUAUUUUUAAAGUUUAAAGAGUAUCUCAGACAGUAGUUUUGAGGGUUCAUCCAGCCUCCAUGGCUCCGGAAAGACUGGAUUCUAUGGAAUUUAAAAUUCUGUUCUGCAUUUUCCCCCUUUUGAUCAGGAUUCUGCUAUAGAAUCUUUGAUCAAAACAUUCAGUAUGGUAGCCAGGCACCAGCCAGUUCUGCUCUCAUGGCAAAGGAGGCAGUUGUUCAUGGAGGCAAUUAGCCACACAUUCCAUUUCCUCCUCCUAUUCCUGACUCCUUCUCCCUCUGUUGCUCCAGGUGAAUGAAGAUCAACUGUUAUACAUUGGACAGCCACUUGCAAGCUUUUAACACUCCAAGCACCAGACUAGGAGGUAGAAGAGAAACACUAAAAAUGAUAAUAGGCCAGUUAACUGAGAUGUCCCAUGAAACCAUGACCCUAAGCCUCCAAACUAAGAAUCUAGAUCCCAUGAGGUGUUUGGUUGUACAUUAGCAGCCUCAGCAGCUGCUUUUUUUUUUUUGUAAAAAUGUCUAUCGCACAACAUCAGAAUACACAUUUUAG